AUGGACCUUCUUACCAGCCAAUUUUACAUCUCUCAGUAUGUUACAUUUGACGAGUCCCACAUCCCGUACAAGGCCCAAGCAGUCUCAUCAUCUUCCCAAGUGCCUUCACCUCCACGGUCUAGGCCAGCUACUCUACAACUUGUGCCCACUACUUCAAACACGCCAAUAUCUCCCUCUCUGACUCCUCAGACUCUACCAUCUCCAUCAGAAUCACCUGCUGCUGCUGGACCUUCAAACACACCAAUAUCUCCAUCUCUGACUCCCCCCACUCCGCCAUCUCCACUAGAAUCAUCUGAUGCUGCUGAACCACCCUCUCUUCUUGUCGCAGCCACCUCCCUUCCUGAGCCUCAAGAGUCACCCUCCUUUUCCACCACCAAAUCCCCCUCCCUUCCUAGUUCUUCCCCGCCACCAAGGAAGUGCAAAAGCAUUAACACACUUGUUUAUGGAACAUCCCCUUAUCACUUACCCCAUGCCAUGACCACCCACCUUACUGAUCCUCUAGACAGUCAACCCACCUCCUAUACUCAAGCCUCUCAAUUUCCUCAUUGGCGACUUGCCAUGCAAGAAGAAUAUGCACUCUUCUCCACAAUCACACUUGGUCUCUUGUACCUACCACAUCCUCAAUGA